AAAACUCAACCAAUCAGUCGGUGCCUGUCAGUAUCUGAAUACGGUUUAAGCUAAAGACAAGGAUUGGAUGGUAUCCCAGUUGACGCAACUUACUAAAGAUUAAUCAAGAAGCGGGGCGAGUUCGUACCGAGUUGUAGACGGGUGGUUGGACGCUUACAGUAUGAUCCUGACGGGUGCUUUGCGGUUGCUGUCUUUUACAACAGUCGUUGUGGCUGUUUUGUCGCUAACUGUAGAUGAAGAGGUGCGGGCUUUCCUUGAAGACUCUGGUGGCUACAACGAACGGGCCACAACGUUGUCCAACACUUAUUCGGCCGCCUCCUGGGCCUAUUACACCAACAUCACCGACCACAACCAACAGAAAAUGACUGAACUGAGUUUGGUGUGGUCCGAGUUUGCCAAGAAUGAGUCGAUUAAAGCGGCCGAAUUCGAUCUCAAUGCCAUAACUGACGCAUCCUUGAAGCGACAAAUUGAGAAGAUUCUUGAUGUGGGGAUAUCCGGUUACGAGGAUACCAGCGUCUUGAAAAGGAUAGCGGAUCUUGAGGCUGAAAUGACCGGCAUCUACAGUGCUGCAGAGUGGUGCAAAUCCCAAGGCGAAUGCCACAAACUUGAACCAGGUUUGACUGAGAUCAUCACAAACAGCAGGAAUUACGAUGAGCUGGCGGCAGCAUGGAAGGGCUGGAGGGACGUGAGCGGCAAACAGAUGAGGGCGAAGUACCAGGAGUUCGUCGAACUUAUGAAUAAGGCAAUCAAGGCAGGGGGGCGGUACAGUGACAUGGGGGAGUAUUACCGGUCGUGGUAUGAAGAUCCUCAGUUUGAGACUGACGUACGCAAUUUGUUUGACGAAUUAGCUCCCUUGUACGACCAGCUCCACAUUUACGUGCGUAGGAAGUUAAAGGAACACUACGGCGCGAAUAAGUUCCCAACAUCCGGCCAUAUUCCUGCUCAUUUAUUUGGAAAUAUGUGGGCCCAAGACUGGAACAACAUUUAUGACCUUGUGGUACCUUACCCUAACGCCGGCCAGACCAACCUUACCAAGGCUAUGAUCGAAAAGAAAUAUAACGUGACGCACAUGUACGUUGUGGCUGAGGAGUUUUUCGAGUCCGUCGGACUCCAGCCGAUGCCGGACACUUUCUGGACGCACUCUAUGCUGGAGAAGCCACCAGGCCGUGACGUCGUCUGCCAUGCCUCCGCUUGGGACAUGAACAACGGAACUGACUUCCGGAUCAAGCAAUGCACGAUUGUAACAGGGGACCAAUUCAACACCGUUCAUCACGAAAUGGGCCACGUACAAUACUACCUCGAGUACAUCAACCAGACAUACCUUUACAGGAGCGGCGCUAACCCAGGAUUUCACGAGGGGGUAGCAGACAUUGCAAGUUUGUCGUUCCAAACACCAGAACAUUUGAAAGAGAUAGGAUUGAUUCAGGAGCUUCCAAGCGGAAAUGAGGGGGAUAUCAACUUCCUGUUCCAAAUGGCGUUAGACAAGGUUGCGUUUCUUCCUUUCGGCUACCUGAUUGAUCAGUGGCGGUGGAGUGUGUAUAGAGGUCAGACCACGCCCGCCAAUUACAAUACUGAGUGGUGGAAACUCAGAUGCCAGUACCAAGGAAUUUCUCCACCCGUAGAGCGAUCCGAGGAUGACUUUGAUCCCGGAGCAAAAUACCACAUCCCCGGAAAUACCCCCUACAUCAGGUAUUUCGUGAGUUUCGUGCUCCAGUUCCAGUGGCACCAGGCGCUGUGUGAGUUGAUAGGGAAGGCAGAACCAUUACAUCGCUGUGAUAUCUACCGGAACAAAACCGCAGGAAAUAGACUCAAAGAGAUGCUACAGAUGGGCGCCUCCAAGCAGUGGGGCGAGGCACUGUUCACGCUCACCAGUGGAACUUCCGGUGAAACCAGGAAACUGAGCGCCGCCCCGUUACUCAGUUACUUUAAGCCCCUACAGGAAUGGUUGACGAAACAAAACGUUGCAGCAAGUGACACUCAAAUCUGGGACAAGACCACGUGUCCAUCAGGCUCAUUCCGAACUUCCGGCGGAAAUGUCGUCACGGGCGGAAAUCUUCUAAUCGUACUGUUGAUUAAUAUCAUUUUUAUAAUGAAUAAUGUUGACAUUUGGUGCAAUGUACUAAGGAUUAACCAAGACGUUUGGAGAGUUCGCAGAAAGUUGCAGACGGGUGGUUUUGUCGCUAUCAGCAUGACCCUUAAGAAAGCUUUUUGGUUGCUGUCAUUUACAACAGUCGUUGUGACUGUUUUGUCGCUAACUGUAGAUGAACAGGUGCGGGAAUACCUUGAAGGCUCUGGUGGCUACAACGAACGGGCCACAACGCUGUCAAACACUUAUACAGUCGCCUCCUGGGCCUAUAACACCAAUAUUACCACCGACAACCAACAGAAAAUGACUGAACUGAGUUUGGCGUGGUCCGAGUUUGCCAAGAAUGAGUCAGUUAAAGCGGCCGCAUUCGAUCUCAAUGCCAUAACUGACGCGUCAUUGAAGCGACAAAUUGAGAAGAUUCUGGAUGUGGGGAUAUCCGGUUACAAAGACACCACUGUCUUGAAAAAGAUAGCGGAUCUUGAGGCUGAAAUGACCGACAUAUACAGUGCUGCGGAUUGGUGCAAAUCCCAAGGCGAAUGCUACAAACUUGAACCAGGUUUGACUGAGAUCAUCACAAACAGCCGGAACUACGAUGAGCUGUUAGCAGCAUGGAAGGGCUGGAGGGAUGUGAGCGGCAAGAAGAUGAGGUCGAAGUACCAGGAGUUCGUGGAGCUUAUGAAUAUGGCAAUCAAGGCAGGGGGCAGGUACAGUGACAUGGGAGACUAUUACCGGUCGUGGUAUGAAGAUGCUCAGUUUGAGACUGACGUACGCAAUUUGUUUGACGAGUUAGCUCCCUUAUACGACCAGCUUCACAUUUACGUGCGUAGGAAGUUGAAGAAGUACUACGGCGCGGAUAAGUUUCCAACAUCCGGUCAUAUUCCUGCUCACAUAUUUGGAAACAUGUGGGCCCAGGGGUGGAACAACAUUUUCGACCUCUUGGUACCCUACCCUGAGGCCGACCAGACCAACCUUACCAAGGCUAUGUUCGACCAGAACUAUAACGUGACGCACAUGUACGUUGUGGCAGAGGAGUUUUUCACAUCCAUUGGACUCCAGAAGAUGCCGGACACAUUUUGGACGCACUCCAUGCUAAAGAGGCCGCCAGACCGUGACGUCGUGUGUCAUGCCUCCGCCUGGGACAUGAACAACGGAACUGACUUCCGGAUCAAGCAGUGCACGAUUGUAACAGGGGACCAAUUCAACACCGUUCAUCACGAAAUGGGCCACGUACAGUACUAUCUCGAGUACAUCAACCAGCCCUACCUUUACAGGAGCGGCGCUAACCCAGGAUUCCACGAGGGGGUAGCAGACAUUGCAAGUUUGUCGUUCCAAACACCAGAACAUUUACAAGAGAUAGGAUUGAUUCAGGAUCUUCCAAGCGGAAAUGAGGGUGAUAUCAACUUCCUGUUCCAAAUGGCGUUACGCAAGGUGGCGUUUCUUCCAUUCGGCUACCUGAUUGAUCAGUGGCGGUGGAGUGUUUAUAGAGGUCAGACCACGCCCGCCAAUUACAACACUGAGUGGUGGAAACUCAGAUGUCAGUACCAGGGAGUUUCCCCGCCCGUGGAGCGAUCCGAAGAUGACUUUGACCCCGGGGCAAAAUAUCACAUCGCAUCAAAUACCCCCUACAUCAGAUAUUUCGUGAGUUUCGUGCUCCAGUUCCAGUGGCACCAGGCGCUGUGUGAGUUGAUAGGGAAGGCAGAACCACUACAUCGCUGUGAUAUCUACAGGAACAUCACCGCAGGAAAUAGACUCAAAGAGAUGCUACAGAUGGGCGCCUCCAAGCAAUGGGGCGAGGCCCUGUUCACGCUGACCAAGGGGACUUCCGGUGAAACCAGGAAACUUAGCGCCGCUCCGCUACUCAGUUACUUCAAGCCCCUGCAGGAAUGGUUAACGCAACGAAACGCUGAGGCAAGUGACACUCAAAUCUGGGAUAAAACCUCGUGUCCACCUGGCUCACUCCGAACUUCCAGCGGAAAUGUCCUCACCCGCGGAAAUCCUGUUAUCGUGAUGUUUCUUAAUAUCAUUUUUAUAAUCAACAAUGUUUAAUCAUUCUUAACAAGAUCAAAAUAAUAUGAAAUUUGUAUAUGAUUGUCGCUUAUGACUUACGGAAAUAAAUGUUCUAGCAUU